AUGUCUUACAUCCACGGAGGCGGUUACGUUUUCGGCGACGGAAACGUCGACCCUUGGUAUUUUAUCGACAGGGAGGAAAUUGUCUUCGUGUCUUUCAACUAUCGUCUAGGAUCCUUGGGAUUCGCAUACUCCGAUCAUCCGUCGAUAAAUCUCAGUGGAAAUUACGGAAUCAAAGACCAAAUCCAAGCCCUGAAGUGGGUUCAGAAGACAAUCAGUGCCUUUGGAGGAGACCCGAAUAAUGUUAGUAUAAUCGGGGUCAGUGCAGGUGGAUCCAGCGUCCACGACUUGCUUCUGGUUCCACAUGAGACCCAAGGACUGAUUCAUAAGGCGAUUAGCGUCAGUGGAGCCGCAUUGUGUCCAUGGGCGAUUCAAAAGCGUCCGAAUGAAAAUUUCUUGCAAUUGGCGAAACUGAACGGAUGUUUGGAAGAAUCUGCAGUGGAACCAAAUGCUGAAGCUUUGGAAUGCAUCAAAGCCUUGGAUGCUGAAACGUUGGCUACUGCUUGGUGGCCCCAAUUAUCAAAUCGAUAUUCGCUACCAUUCGUUUUUGUGCCGGUGGAGAACGAUGGAGAUAUUUUCAAAGGAACGAAAGAGCAGAUUUUGUCAUCUGGCAGCUUUUUGCAAAUCCCUUGGCUGGCUGGUAAUGCGAGGGACGAGGGCUCAUUAAUCGUCGGAGAUUCUCUCUCCAGUCAAAGUGCCAUGGAUUAUUUGAGCCUAAAUUGGCAGGAUCUGUGCCCUGGGGUCAUGGAUUUGAGUGGAAUUAUCGACUCCGCAGAAGUGACGAGACUUUGCGAAGAAAUCGCUUUCCAUUACAUGGGGAAUGAGCAGAUAUCGUUCGACAAUUACUACAAUUACUUGCAGAUGGGAGGCGACAGAUUGUUUGAAGUUCCGAUGCAACGAAGUGCAAUUUUACAUUCAAAAUUCGCUCCAUUUUACGGAUACAGAUACAAUUACCAGUCAAUUGCACGAUCCUACUUGAACUAUUUCAAUGCUGGAAUUCCGGAUGAUGUUCCGCAUUUAUCAUCUGGAGUUUUUCAUGCAGAUAAUUACGCUUUAAUUUUUAAUGGAGGGAACUUCAUCAUUCCCGGAGAUGCAGACGAGUUCGUGCAAAAUUUACAUCUUGGGUCUCUGCUGAAUUUUAUCAAAACCGGUGUACCGACGAUUCCGACAAAUCUGGUGGACUAUGACCUGGUGUGGCCAACAUUUUCCGAAGAUGCGCCGAAUAUUCAAGUCAUCGACACGUUUCCAAGGACCACAAAAAAUUUUGUUGGGAAGGCUGAAGACGAAUUUUGGUCUUCUUUGGGACUUUGA